AUGGCUUCAACUCACAAACUCUUUAUUCAUGUUGCUUUCGUAGCUAUAACUGCAAUGGUCACAUCAACAUCAAUUGUUGAGUCAAGAUCACUCUUAAACCCAUCAUCAACCUCACCAAGCCUUGCAAUUCGUUUGAAGGUAGAGGGUGAACCUUCAAACUGUUGGGACUCACUGUGGCAGCUCCAAGCAUGCAGUGGAGAAAUUAUAACAUUUUUCCUCAAUGGUGAGACUUAUCUAAGCCAUGGUUGUUGCCAUGCUAUAAGGGUGAUUGGACAUGAUUGCUGGCCCAACAUUGUGGGCUCUCUUGGAUUCACCAAUGAAGAGACUGACAUUUUGGAGGGUUAUUGUGAUGAGGUUGCUUUCCAUUCACCUCCUCCACCAGCACCACAAUCUUUGGUUGAGCCAAAGGAGUUAGUUCCAUAA